AUGCAGACACAAAGAAACAGGAGAGGAUAUAUACAACACUUCAUAAACUGCAAGCAUCUGUGGCUGAAUGAGCUGAAGAAGCUCGCUCAUGACUUGAAGAACCCGUAUCUCCUAAAAGAAAACGUCCCUGAAUACCCCCGACCCGAGUUUCACGUGUCUCACCUGAAACACGACACAGAGCGAGGGGCUUUAUGUUGGAUCAGGACAGACGGCGGCUUCAAGGAUCCUCACAGAGGCUUCAGGGAUCCACACAAAUGGUCCCUGGUGUGGUGGAGUCUGGCUGUGGGGCCCGAGGAGAUCAAGGCGGCCGAGACGAGGCUCCUGGAGAAGACCUACCCAAACCAGACGAAGGAACAGGCUGUGAAGCAGCAGAGCUUCCUGUGGAGAUUUGCCACCUCUCCGGCCUUCAGUGAGAAGUCCAGGUAUGGAUCGUACCGCUUCACCUUCCCCCUGCAGGACGUGCUGAGCGCCUACAGCCAGCAGUUUUGCUUUGGAGCUCCGCCCAUCAUGAGAGUGUUCAGGACCUGCCUGUUCAAAAAGAAAGUGCAGUACUCUGUGUUGGUCCACAGCCCAGCCAAUCGCGAGCUCUUCUCAGAGUUUCCAUUACUUCCUGGUAAUGACCCGAACGCUGUCUGCGCGUACAGAGACGGACGCUUCAUCUGGAGGUCGGAGGCCAUGUGUGAGACACACAGGUACUGA